GUAUGAGUACAUGGAAAGAGGAAGCUUGAGGGCAGUUUUGAACGAUGAUGAAAGAGCAAGAGGAUUUCAAUGGGACAAUAAGGUAAAUGUGGUCCGAGGAGUUGCGGAUGCAUUGUCCUAUCUGCAUCACGAAUGUUCACCUCCGCUGUUACAUCGAGACUUGACCAGUAACAACAUUCUAUUAGAUCUCGAUUAUGAGGCUCACCUUUCCGAUUUUGGCACUGCAAGACUAUUAAGGCUAGAUUCAUCAAAUUGGACUGCUAUUGCUGGCACCAUCGGGUAUAUUGCUCCAGAGUUAGCUUAUUCUACAGUUCCUAUCGAAAAGUGCGAUGUGUAUAGCUUUGGAGUUGUUGCAUUAGAGACAAUCAUGGGAAAGCAUCCAGGAGAUCAUGUCUCUCGGGAAUGUUCAUUGUUCGCCCAAACUGAGUCGCUGAUGUUGAAAGAUGUGCUUGAUCAACGUCUCUCGUCUUCUAAAAUUGGCCUUCGAGAUGCGCAAGACGUGGUCUUGAUCGCCAAGCUAGUGUUCGAGUGCUUGCAAGCCGAUCCAAGGCUUCGACCGACCAUGAGACAAGUCUCACGUGAGCUUUGCUUUCAAGUACCCUUGGAUAUGCCACUUUCUGCAGUCAGCUUAGAGCAACUACGCGAUCUUAAUGUCAAAAAAUCGGGAGCAAUUCAGGAGAUGGUAAGAUUUAAAGUUUUCAUGUGCUAUUAUGUUUGGUUUUCAAUUAUGAUGACGAUUGACUUUUGAAUAUCUUCUUAGUUCUCGCCAAACUCAACCAUGUGAUUUAUGAUUUUCACUGCAGAGCUAGCUUCUGUAUGAACAUCAUAGGAAUAGUGUGAUGUUUAUAGUUUGAAGUCGGUGCCAGAAAUAAUUAUGAGAAGACUUCUGCGAAGAUCCCAUUUUACAAUUAUUUCCAUCCUUUUACAGAGUGAUCAGGAGGUGAAUUUGCAAAAUGCGCUGGAUCAACAAAUCUUGCCUUCUUUGAUAUGAGACGUAAAGAACAUGUAGUUUCUAUUGAUAUAAGAGAUGAUAGUACUAGCACUAUGUGAACUUUCAUCGAAGUGCAGUUUCAUUUGAACUUUCAAUUGACUGAG